AUGGCCGUUCAAAACCCUAACAAUUGGCACUGGGUCGACAAGAAUUGCAUUGACUGGGCUGCUCAAUGGUGCAAGAGGAAGCUCGUAGGUACCUCUGCGGGCUCUUCACCUAAAGUGACUGUCGUGGGGCUGAAAAAACUCGAAGGAGACGUGGAGGUGUGCCAGCGCAAGGGCAAGAUUUUCUCCAUAUACGACCUGAAGCUGGAGCUUUCUUUCGAAAGUGACAACUCGGAAAAAUCGAAGGGCACUAUCAGUGUUCCGGAGCUUGCCUACGAUACCGAACACGAUGAUUUCCAAUUUGAUAUCACCUUUGACAAGCCUACGGGCUCCGGCGAGGAGGAUUCCAUUCGCUCGCUAAUUCGCUCAAAUCUUGUGGAAGAGCUCAGAAAGAAGCUCUCUACCUUUACUCAUGACCUGAUCAGUGAGAAUGCCUCUGAUAUCCAAGUGGACAGGUCUCAAGUGAACUCCACUUACACUGCUGCUAACCAAGAAAAGACGUUGACCAAGACUGUUGUGAAGGAAAGCACGACCUUCAACAAGGGAGGUUCUUCUCAAAGUGCCAGCACAACUGCCGCGGCUUUGUCCCCAGACUCGUCUCGCGUGCCAAAAUACAACACGUCCGACCUUAAUUUCUCGACCACCUUCAACACCUCGGCAGAGCAACUAUAUCUCACUCUUUUGGUUCCUGAAAGAGUUGCAGCCUGGACUCGCUCUGCUCCACAGAUAGAACCAAAAGAGGGCACCGAGUUCCAGCUCUUUGGUGGCAACAUCCAGGGUAAAAUUCUAGAAUUGCAAGAAGGCAAGAAAAUUAAAAUGCUCUGGAGGCUACGGGACUGGAAGGAAGGUCAUUACACGGAAUUGGACUUGACCUUCAAUGAAGGAGCUGGCGAGACAGAAAUGGCUGUUAGCUUCAAAGGUGUCCCAAUUGGGGACGAGGAGUUGGUGCGCAACAACUUUGAAAAUUACUACAUCACCUCGAUAAAAGUUACAUUUGGUUUUGGUGCAGUUCUCUGA